AAUAAUCAGUUAAACAAGACAACAAAUAAUUCAAUCUUAAAGGGAAAUAAUCAAUUAAACAAGACAACAAAUAAUUCAAUCUUAAAGGGAAAUAAUCAAUUAAAGAAGACAGCAAAUAAUCCAAUCUUACAGGGAAAUAAUCAGUUAAACAAGACAACAAAUAAUUCAAUCUUAAAGGGAAAUAAUCAAUUAAACAAGACUACAAAUAAUUCA